AAGAGCUCGCCUGCCCUGGUUCUGCUGAGAUCCAAGUUGGGAGCACAGCCGCCCGUGUCGGCCCGCCAUGUAGCUUCCCUGCACGACUCCUUCGUGCACGACGCUCGCCACUGCAGCGGCGCUCCGUGCGCGGACACUCACGCGGCGGACGUGCAUGCGGACCGAGUGUUUGCGUUGUGCAUGUGUGCUGCACGAGCCCCAUCGCGAGGCUCCAUGGAGGGCGGGAGCGAGAGGGACGGCUCCCCUCCCCCCCACCCCAGCAGAGGACACAUGUCUCAGGCCAAGGGAGGCAAGAAGAAGCCUGCUCUCAAACUGUCCAAAGAAGUCUUUGAACAUCCUCCUGCCGCACUGCCGCCAAGAGAUUUAGAUUCCAAAGCGUGUGUGACCAUCGGGGACAAGAAUUUCGAGGUGAAGGCUGACGACUUGGAGCAGAUCGGCGAGCUGGGCCACGGCGCGUACGGCGUCGUGCACAAGAUGAGACACGUCCCCAGCGGCGUCAUCAUGGCCGUCAAGCGGAUUCGCGCCACCGUCAACACGCAGGAGCAGAAGAGGCUGCUCAUGGACUUGGACAUCUCCAUGAGGACGGUGGACUGCUUCUACACCGUCACGUUCUAUGGAGCCCUCUUCAGGGAAGGCGACGUGUGGAUCUGCAUGGAGCUGAUGGACACGUCCCUAGACAAGUUCUACAAGAAGGCCAUCGAGAAGGACCGGACCAUUCCUGAGGACAUCCUGGGAAAGAUAGCCGUCUCUAUCGUCAAAGCGUUGGAGCAUCUUCACAGCAAUCUUCAGGUCAUCCACAGAGACGUCAAGCCGUCCAACGUGUUGAUCAACACGCAGGGUCAGGUGAAGAUGUGCGACUUUGGCAUCAGCGGCUACCUGGUGGACUCCGUGGCCAAAACCAUCGACGCCGGCUGCAAGCCUUACAUGGCGCCGGAGAGGAUCAACCCUGAAACCAACCAGAAAGGCUACAACGUCAAGUCGGACAUUUGGAGUUUAGGAAUCACCAUGAUCGAGCUCGCCAUUCUGCGCUUCCCGUACGACUCGUGGGGCACGCCCUUCCAGCAGCUGAAGCAGGUGGUGGAGGAACCUUCGCCUCAACUUCCUGCUGAGAAGUUCUCCCCCGAGUUUGUGGACUUCACAUCGCAGUGCUUGAAGAAGGUGUCCAAAGAGCGUCCCACCUACGCCGAGCUCAUGCAACAUCUCUUCUUCACCUCUCACGAGGCCAAAGAAACCGACGUGGCGACCUUUGUCAAGGUCAUCCUGGGGGACUGAGUGCCCCCCCCCCCGCCCCAGCCCUUCGCAAACAGCCCCGCUGUCAUUCGUCUAAACUCCGCCCACCUCGUGGGCGAGUGAAGCGCCCCGUGCAUGUGUGUGUAUGUCAGAUGAAUGAAGUGUAAACUUACAGCCUCCAUGUAGUCUUUGUCAUUGAUCCAUUGAUUGGUUGGCUGCAUACACGUAUUUAUUGGCGUGUCCUUGAGGUGGGCGGGGCCUCUCGGUGCGUUGGCAUGAAGAAAACAUCUCCACGAAGAUGAAACGGAGAGGAAGUCGUCUUCUUCCGUCGUCGGCUGUCGUGCGUCAUCUCACUCAUCAGGCUGACUGACUUCCAUCACUGGGGAGGAACCUGCCCCCGUCCCCCCCCCACUCCACCCCCACCCCCAGCUGCUCAAUGACUUUCUUCUCUGUCCGCUUGUUGUGCCGCCUGACCUUUGAGCUUUGUUGCUUUGCUAGCAUGUGGCCUCUUAGCGAUCAGAGAUGCUCCGUGGAGACGAGCUCUCACUCCUGUCAAGACUGAUGACUGUUUCUAAUUUUAGAUUGUGUGCAAACGCCAAUAAAAAAAAGUAUUUUUACACAA